AUGGGAAAACCUAGCAGCAGUGAAACUAUAAGAUUAAGGGAGGGCAAAAAGAGAAAGGAAGAGAAAGUGCGCGAAACAAACGUUACUGAUAACAGUGUGACAAAAAAAUACCACUGGGCGCUAUAUAAACGGCGACAACGGGCAAGGGCCAAAGAGGAGAUAAAGCAAAAAGAGGAAAAGUCAAGAGCCACAAAAUCUAAAUGCAGAUGCAGUAGCGAAGUGUCUGGUCAGUCUGGUGACAAAAUUUUCCCGACAAGAAUGGCUAAAAAGCGGAGAGUCGAUUUAGUAAAAUCGCAGCUUCCUAAAAGUCCAGCGAAGAAAAUAGCUGUUGUGGCUGCACUCAUCGAAAGCCCAACAACAAGGAAAGGACUUGAGAACAGAGGUCUCGUUGUUUCAGGGGAAAAAAGUGAAGAAGCUGAAGUUGCUGUUUCUGCGUUGCGCGACGAGCGAGAUGCCAUUAGCGACACAAAAGGUCAACGAUCUAACGACUCUCGGGCAGCUACUCAGACAGCUCUUGGCUUUCUUUGUGGUGAAACAAUUCAAAAGAAACGUAUGAAGACAAAAGUAUCCAAAAUGCUUAAUAUAAAUAGGAAACGCAUUGGUAAAGCAUUUAACCAUCGCACCAAAGUACUUAAAAGCAAGAAAUCUUGUUGGACCUAUACAGAACGGCGAACUAGGUCUGAUGUCAUCCCCAUAGAACAUUGAAAGCUCACACACAACUUUUGGUCUAGCCCCGAUAUUUCCCGGACAACCCCCAAUAAAAAAGACAUCGUAAGAAGGAGGUUAGCACCCAAAACAUACGUAACACACGCCAAACAAAUCCUGGAGAAAACUCAAACUGAAGCAUACCUGGAGUUCAAACAGAAAUAUCCUGAUAUUCAAAUGGGACAGCGUUCAUUUGAAAGCUGCAAACCCUUCUAUAUUUCCAUUCCACAGUCCCAAGAUAGAGUUUCUUGUUGCUGCCGCAUACACAUUGAAACUAGGAUGAUUUUUCAGUCAUGCAUGGAAUUCAGACGACAACUCUCUCACUGUCCCGAAGAGUACGUGGUGUACAAACAUACGACUGAUUUGGUCAACAAUACAUUGUGUCCAAAACAAAAAAAUGAAGAAUACCAUCAUCCAGACUGCCUUCUUCAGAAGUGCAAAAAUUGCGGAGUAGCGGGCUUUAAAAUAUUGGAGAAAGAAAAUUAUUCCACUGACGCUGCACCAUUAGUAAAAUGGCGAAAGUUUGAGUAUGUCAUCGUGUUAACGAUGAUAACUCAGACAAAAAGAAACUCAAGUUAGUUGACAAAUUAACUUCCCCAGAUGAAAUGUUUGCUUGCUUUCAAAAUCUCCUGCAGACCUAUCCUGCGCACCAAUUCCGAGCUAAUUGGCAAAAUCAGCAGCUUCGUGAGCUAGUCGAGAAUAUACCAAUUGGCCAUGCCGUGGCAAUUCACGAUUACUCAGAAAACUACUCGUGUGCGAUGCAGGAUCAGAUCGAAUCCCUUUACUUCGCGCAAGUCCAAGCAUCGAUUCACGUUACUAUUCUACAUCGCCAUGCUCUGAUGAAUGUGGAUGGAAUCGAAAGCACGGAAGAAAACCCAUCCCCUGUAACAGAACAUAUUUUUGUAAUCUCUCCCGACCACCACUCGGUACAUAGUGCUAGAAAAUUCAUGGCUGGUUAUCUCAAGGAAAUAGGUAUGAAAUUAAAACUGUAUAAGCCUUAUUAAUUACAAUAUUAUAUAUUCCCCAGUAAUAUCGCUGAACUGGUUUAAAAUGUUAGGUUCGUAGUGAUAUGGCUUGAAAUCUGGUUAAUUUAAUAAGAACUAGUACUAUUUGUUGAGAAUUGACGUUCAUCAAUUGACUAUAAGUAUAGCCACUUGGCCAGGCACGGUCUAGCACGGUCUUUCUCAAUAAGGCCAAGUUUUUCAAAAUUUCAAUGGCAUGGGCAAAUAAUUGCAACGAUAUUUUAGGGAAAAAGAAAUUAAGCUAAUUGCGAAAAUUAUAUAGGUUAUGACCUGAAAAUUAUGCAUGAAUGGACAGAUGGAUGCUCGACGCAGUACAAAAGCCGCCACUGUCUGGGCGACGUUGCCCAAUCAUCUUCAGAUUUUGGCUACGUAACCAUCCGUAACUACUUUGAAACUUCACAUGCAAAAGGUCCUCAAGACGGUGCCGGGGCUAACCUUAAACACAAAGCUGACAUGGCUGUCAUUAAACGGCAGGUAAUGACUCACUCAUGAUCUUAGCUAUUCUUCAUCCAUUUCGCAGAUAAUUUAAAUGGUAGUAGCCUAACUCUGAAAUCCCUGGUCUUGAUUGGCUAACUUUCGCGGUAUAUAUAUAAUUAACUCUAUAGUAACUCAUACAACCAGACCCUGGCUAUAAAUUGCCUACUAUACUGUUUUCAUUAGUACUAUAUAAAGGUCACGACUAUAUACUUGCAAGCGCAAUUUCUGCACAGUAUCAGAGCCAUGUUAUGCGAAAUUUUUACGCCCUGUGCCAGAAAUUGUUUGCAAGUUGCACCAAAAAUUGCGUUGCAAGUUGCACCAAAAAUUGCCUCGUGUAACAUGGCCUUAAACUAUUUAACUCUUAACAAAACCAUAUUUUUUUCUUUCAUGUAGGUUGUCAUUCGAAAUGCGAAAAAAUUGUACGAGUUCGCUGAGAGUACAAUGAAAGAUCCAGCGCCAUCGCGAUACCAGUCUGAGAGUGUUAAAGUGAAAUGGCGUAUAUUUUUCUACGACAAUGAAAUGCUCCGCAACCGGAGAGAUAGAUAUUUUAAAGAAAUCAAGGGGAAUAGAUCUAUCCAUGCAGUCGUGUCAACGGACGGUGGUUGCAGUUUAAGUUCGAGGUUUCUGUCGUGUUACUGCGACGCAUGUUUAGAUUGGUCCUACGCAUCAUGUGAAAAUUCUGCGUAUGUUGAUAACUGGGAAGAGCAAGAACUGGAACGAGAGGGUGGUCAUCAACCCACUGUCGUUACCAGAGGGGACGUUUCUACGACACUAGAAGCAAUAAAACACCUAGCAACGAAAGAUGCAAUUGUCACAUUGCUUCUGCUGACAGAGGAGUAUUAUUUACUUCAAGUAAUUGGAGAGGUGCUAUUGACUGAGGAAAGAGAUGAUUGGGGAGCUACAUACCCACCAGGAGCCGAGAUCAUUUGCGGAUAUUUCCUUGCCAGAAAGCGAGCUUCAAGUUCUCCCUAUUAUUACGAACUAGUAAGAGAGAAAGAAGCUGCUGUUUAUGCUGCAACUGUCAGGUAUAUUUGUCCCGAAUUGCGCGUAUCCAGUAUCCAAGCACAACCACUGUUAUACGAAAUUUCCGAAGAGCUACAUAUGGAUAUACUCGAGUCUUUGCAUGGAUUUUAA